GGCAGUUUUAAAUACAGGACGUCAAAGAGUCGAGGUUACAAACCAUCAAAACUAAAAACGGAAAAUAACCAAAAGAGGAGGGCACGUGUUUGCUCUGUGGCGUCCUCCUCUUUCAGGUGCACGGAGUCGAUACAGGUGAACGUGUCACCAAAGUGAAAGUGAAACUGAAAGUAACACAGAUACAUGUCUGCAGCUAACAGUUAGCUAACAGUGGACACGGUUCAGGGGGGAAAACGCACCAUUCAACGUCCUGCAGUCUCGUCGUCCACCAAAGGAAAAUGGAGGACGUGGCAGCUCGUGGGUUAUUCAUUCUUAUUUUCGACGCGGUGCUUUGUUUGGGACUGUGGGUCGGACUGGUGCAGCUGAAGAGCUCCGGCUGCGGUGGGCUGCCAGGUGUGUGGGCCUUCGGGGCCGUGAAGUGGGCCGUUCUCCAUGUUUUCGCCGUCACGCUGACUGACGGGAGGCCGGAGGCUGUGCUCCGCAGGCUGGUGGCGCUCCUCUGCCUCCUCUCUCCCGUCUUUGAAAGUGGACGUGUCCUCCUGACGCCUCACACGGGACCGUCUCCUGACCUCGGCAUGCUGCUCCUGGGCCCCGUGUCCGCAUCGCUGGCCUGCGUGGUUUGGGAAAAGUACCUCUGUGGUGGUUCAGAACUGACAAAGGACGACGUCAAACUGGAUACCAAGCGGCUGCUUGUGAGGAUGCUGAAAUACUUCAAACCAGACACCUUUUACCUGAUCGCAGCUUUCAGUUUCCUCAUCUUAGGUGUCAUCUGUGAUACAUUCAUCCCAUUGUAUCAGGGGAAGGUCAUCGAUAUGCACAGAGGUCCAGUCCUUCAAACCAGCUUCUGUUAUGCUAUUGGACAGCUGGCUCUCGUCUCUCUUGGAAGCUCUCUGUUCUCCGGCUUAAGAGGAGGAAUAUUUAUGUGCACGCUGGCCAGACUGAACAAGAGACUGAAGCAUCUGCUGUUUCACACCCUUCUGCAGCAGGAGGUGCACUUCUUUGAGGAGAACAACCCUGGACGUCUGUCCUCCCGCCUGCACUCGGAUGUGGACCGGAUGGGCCGCACCGUUGCGCUGAACUCCAACGCGCUGGUUCGCAGCACGGUGAAAAGCGGCCUCAUGCUCACAGUGAUGUUGAACCUGUCCUGGGAGCUCACGGUGCUCACCUGCAUGGAGAUGCCACUGUUGGCCAUCAUGCAGAAGAAAUACAUCACCAUGUCUCAGGAGCUGAAGGACCAGAUCCAGGACUGCCACGCUCAGAACAAGGACCUGGCUCACCAGACGAUCGGCGGGAUCCGCACGGUCCGCAGCUUCAAGGCAGAGAAAGACGAGCUGAGGAGGUACAACGAGGCUCUGGACUGCAUGUGCGCCGUGAAGACGCGUUCGGGAGUCUACAGCGCCGUCUUCCUGUUAGUACGGAGGCUGGUGAGUCUGGGGAUAAAGAUACUGAUGCUGGUUCAGGCCCGCGCUCUCAUCUCGUCGGGUCAGCUCAGCAUCGGCAGCCUCGUGUCCUUCUUCUUGUACCAGAAGCCCAUGUCAAAUAAUUUAAAGGAGAUUAUGUAUUGCUACAGAGAGACGAUGUCGACGGUUGGCGUCAUCUCCAAAGUCUUCAGUUAUCUUGACAAAACACCAAAGUGGAAGAAGGAGGGACAGUUAGCUCCUGAGAGGCUGGAGGGGAGAAUUGUUUUCCAAAACGUCACCUUCACAUACCCCUCAGCUCCCGAAGACAAACCAGCUCUGAAGUCCGUUUCUAUGGAGCUUCAGCCGGGGAAGAUGACAGCCCUGGUGGGUCCCUCCGGCGGGGGAAAGAGUUCCUGUGUCGGCCUCCUGAAGAGGCUGUACGAGCCUCAAGAGGGACAGAUCCUGCUGGACGGAGAGCCGCUGCACCGUUACAAACACAAAUACCUCCAUCAAAAGAUGGCCCUUGUAUCCCAGAAUCCUGUGCUGUUUUCUGGUUCACUGAGAUACAACAUAGAGUACGGCCUGCGGGACUGCACCAUCGAGAAGGUGAGGGAAGCUGCAAAGAAAGCCAACGCAGACGACUUCAUCUCUGAAAUGGAGAACCAAUACGACACAGAUGUCGGGGAAUGUGGUGGAGCGCUUUCAGAAGGACAGAAGCAGUGCAUCGCCAUCAUCAGAGCUCUGGUUCGAGAGCCGCAGGUCAUCAUACUGGACGAGGCCACCAGCAAACUGGAUGUGGAAGUGCAGCAUGCUGUGCUGCAGGAGGUUCUGGCUCGCGGUCGGACGGUCCUGGUGGUGGCUCAUCAGCUGAAGACUGUAGAGAAGGCGGAUCACAUCGUCUUCAUAGAGAAGGGAGCCGUCGUGGAGGAGGGGACGAACCGAGAACUCAUGGCCAAGAGGGGGCGGUACCACCGUUUGAAGGAGGAGCUGUUCAGUAAAGCUCGAUAAAUUAAGUUUUACUGUUUUCUACACGAGUUUUAGCUGCAACGAGUGUUGUCUCGUAAUUCUAACUGCUAGAACAUAGAAGAAUCAUUAAUAUCAGCUAAUAGUCCAGCUACGGUUAUCUACUGACCAGACCAAGUAGCCGCACCAUCAAGUGUAUUUAAUAGAAGCAGGAUUUGCUUUUGUUUAUGAAUUCAAGUUUCAUUUGAGAAGAAAAAUAUGUUUGUUUUUUGUCACCAGUGUUUCAAAAAUAAAGAUUCCUCCGCUACGGAUUUAGAUACUUACUUUUAUGAUAUUUUGCACUUUUACUUGAGUAAAAUGUUAAUGUGCAGGAGGAGAGCUAGUUAGCGUUAGCUGUUAGCUACACAUGGUCCUAUAGGAGGCUGCAUUAAGUUACAUUUUGAUGUAAUCAAGCUGUAUGAUAAAUUAUAACUUUAUCAUGAUGUGUUCAAAGGUAAUCUUGUAAAAUUUUGUUUUCUGCUAGAGAUGUGAAUAAAUCCAGCUGUUUGAAGAUGUUUUCACAUUAAUACAAAAGACAUUAGAGAUUUGACCUGUUUAACUU